GAGGCGCGCGCUCCCUCCCACUGCCUCCAUCAGUAUUCCGGGUCCUUGUGAGGUACAUUCCCUGCAAUAAAGCUCCAAACAAAUACGCUUCGUCCGCUGAGGACCAGCUGGGUCCGGAAAAGAAUCUGCUCUGCAAGGGCUCUCGCGGUGUCCUGGAAAGCGGACGGAAUAAACACGCCACCGCCCCGGAAGUGAGCAGCUUCUGACGCGGUGCAUUGUGGGGGGCGUAGUCCUCCUUCCCAGGCGGUCCUUCGCUGCGUCCCCCGGGCCGACUCCGGAUCGCAGGCGGACUGCUGGGCCGGCGGCGUAGCGCGGUCGGGUGCGAAGCGUAUUCUGGCAAGGGGCGCCCUUUCGCGCCGGCUGCGCCAGGCUGCAAUAGUGGGAGAUUGCUUAAGGCCUCGCAGGGCGCCGCCCGUCGAGGGGCUGGCGGCAGCGGACAGACCGGGCCGUCGAAGCGCAAAGGAGGCCGGUGGGCCACGCAGAGUCGCGCGGCGCAGCCAUGCCUGGCUUUACGUGCUGCGUACCGGGCUGCUACAACAACUCGCACCGGGACAAGGCGCUGCAUUUCUAUACGUUUCCCAAGGACGCUGAGCUGCGGCGCCUUUGGCUCAAGAACGUGUCCCGUGCUGGCGUCAGUGGGUGCUUUUCCACUUUCCAGCCCACCACGGGCCACCGUCUCUGCAGCGUUCACUUCCAGGGCGGCCGCAAGACCUACACGGUGCGUGUUCCCACCAUCUUUCCGCUGCGCGGCGUCAAUGAGCGCAAAGUAGCGCGCAGACCUGCGGGGGCCGCGGCUGCCCGCCGCAGGCAGCAGCAGCAGCAACAGCAGCAGCAGCAGCAACAGCAGCAGCAGCAGCAGCCGUCGCCGUCCGUCUCCACUGCCCAGACCUCCCAGCUGCAACCGAACCUGGUGUCUGCCUCUGCAGCCGUGCUUCUCACCCUUCAGGCCGCUGUAGACAGCAGUCAGGCUCCUGGAUCCGGUCCGCCAGCACCCACCACUCCCACUGGAGAAGAUGUGAAGCCCAUCGACCUUACUGUGCAAGUGGAGUUCGCAGCCGCAGAGGGCGCAGCCGCCGCAGCCGCCGCGUCGGAGCUAGAAGCAGCUACAGCGACUCUGGAGGCCGCUGAAUGCCCGAUGGGUCCCCAGUUGGUGGUGGUAGGUGAAGAGGGCUUCCCUGAUACUGGUUCCGACCACUCAUACUCGUUGUCGUCAGGCACCACGGAGGAGGAGCUCCUGCGUAAGCUGAAUGAGCAGAGGGACAUCCUGGCGCUGAUGGAAGUGAAGAUGAAAGAGAUGAAGGGUAGCAUCCGCCACCUGCGUCUCACCGAGGCCAAGCUUCGCGAAGAACUUCGUGAGAAGGAUCGUCUGCUUGCCAUGGCUGUCAUCCGUAAGAAGCACGGGAUGUGAAUGGGUCUCCCUGUGUCCUGCAGAACUCCUAGACCCCCUCCAGCCCAAGGAAUCCUCAGGCUAAUGACUUUUCUAUACUCUGGUCGACAGUACUGAGGCUUAAGGCAGCUGGAGUCUUGCUGGGGAUCUGGCACUCUAACUUGUUUCCUCUUAAACAGGAGUUUGGGGUCUCAGACUUGGCACUGGUGACACCAGCAAUUAUGACUGUCUACCCUCCCUCCCCAGUUGCAGAUUCUGGUUAAGCAGAGGCUUCAGAACCACUGAACUUGAAACACUUCAGAGGGAUUCAGGUGGGAUGCCGGGGACUGAGUUUGGGAAAGCCACACUUUAAGGUUGGCCAGCAAUCACAGACAAUUCAGCUGUGUGUAGUGAUAAGAGAUCCAUGUAAUACCAGUUCCUCUCCUUUUCAUGCUUACCAUUUCCAGGUGCAGUCUGUGAUUCUGAUGGGGACUAGUUGAUCUGUGCCUCUGACUCUUAGGACCUCCCUACCCAGGAGGCCAUUUAUGAGGGGAUCUGGGUGACCUGCUGAUGGAGAUCCAGCCUGCCAGGGUCUUAGGUUUAUCCUGUUAUGUUUGCUACUGGUUACAAAUUCUAUUUUCUGUACAAUUAGACUAAAGUUUUCACUGUGUUUGUUUGGCAAAACAAAUUAAACAAAAAGUAAGGUUUUUA